AUGGCUACACUUCCCCACCACCUUCUACGUCAGCAGCCUCUUCCUCUUCAUCCCCCAGCCGCUGAUCUCAAGCUUAUCCUACCCCGUCAAAACCCCGAGGAAGUACGCAGCUACAACUACUUCAUCCAAGUCACAGCUCCGUCCCUCUCUGGUGCUUUCUACGCCGACUUCUGGCUUGUUGAGGUCCCGAGGGUCUGUCUAUUCGAUGCGGCCAUUUGGCAUGCCGUUGUCAGCCUCGGUGCUGCUCAUGAGGACUAUUCAGAAAACGGUCUGGGGUCGCGGAGCAUCUUUGCACUCAAGCAGUUCAACUCGUCUAUCCGCUGUCUCACCGAAUCGCGAUCACCUAGACAUGCAGACCGGUGGAGGGCGCUUAUUGUCGGUACCAUCUCCACAUAUGUAUGUACUAUCAAAGGGCUUCACGAUCAGACGCGGAUACAUCUCCAGGCUGUAUGCAGCCUCCUUCGCGAGCUCCAGUCCAAAACUUUAAAGAAGGGCAAACUCCAGGAGACUACGGUUCUAUUAAUUCCGGUAUCAGUUGCACCGAUACAGUCUAUUCUGACCAAUCUUGAGCUACUCACAAAUGCACUCGAAAAUGGCGGCAUGACCGGUAAUCCGGCUCUUCUCUCCCAGAACAAGGUGCUCAACGCAUGGCGAUCCUACACAGCACCUCAGUCCUCGCUCCGUCUAUCUCCAGAAGACGUUGAUCAAGCCUAUCGUGCUGCAGAGUCAUUGAUGAGUGGCUUAGUCCUGUUCUCCCAAGAGCAUGCCAAGCAGCUUCUGGAUGUUCAGACUGGCAAGUCGGGACUAGAAGGGCUGUCAAUGCUGGCCACCCGGCAGGAGGCGCAUACACGAUGCUUCAACGAGAUUAAGAAAGCAAUCAGUAUGUUCCAGCAUGAAAUCGCCAGAAGCUCAGGACGUACGACUCAACUGGAAGCGCAUACUAUUCUCCCAUUGCACCUCUACCAUACUUCCAAUCGUCUUCUCUUUAUUCAAGACCCUGAUGAGCCCGACUUAGAUAAUCGUCAGCUUGCCCUGCCUAGCCUGUACACUACCGUCGUUAACCUCGCUGAGCAAAUUAUGAAUCUUGACCCUAGCAAGACUCGCAAAGUAUCCUACACUCAGCAGCUCUUUCUGGUGGCUCACAGCGGCAUCGGACAGUCAACUCGCCAACGCGCUGUAAGCCUGCUUCGGCGUCCUCGGCUGGAGGGAGGCUGGGAUAGUCUUAUCUCUGCGAGUCUUGCCGAGGCAAUUAUGGACAGAGAGAAAGAGGCGGCGUUCGAAUACAAGGUGGAGCAAGGCUUGAAAACUGAGACUGUAGGGACUAGGGGAGAGGAUAGCGAUCCAAUGUUUCGUAUAUUCAAUAUUACGUUUGCUUUUACGGAGGGAAGAAAGGCACGUGUUGUUCUACGGACGUGGUGGGAGAAACUCAACAACAUUGCUGGUCAGGCGAGAGUGAUACAGUGCAUUGGUUGGAAGUACUACUUCACUUACAUAGUCUUCCUCAUCGCCUUUCUGGUCAUUGCCUACUUCUUCUACCUUGAGACCAAGGGUCGUACCCUGGAGCAGAUGACACACAUCUUUGAUGGAGAAGACGCUGAAACUGAGCCUUUGGGAGACAAGGUCAAGGUUAUGUCGGUUGAGCUGGAGCGCAAGAGUGGAUGA